AUGACAGACCAAUCUCUUGCUGGCAAGACCUGUCUUGUUACCGGUGGGGCUAGUGGCCUCGGCAAAGCCAUCGCAACCAAGUACGUCGAAGCCGGAGCCAACGUGGUGAUCUGUGAUAUCAACGAGGAGCGUCUGCAAGAGACUUCAAUUGAGCUCUCGUCGAAGGGAUCUUUCAAGGCAAUCAAGGCGGAUAUCAGCAAAGAAACUGAAGUGGAGAGUCUAUUCGAGCAGCUGAUUCAAGAAUUCGGCAAGAUCGAUGUCCUUGUGAACAAUGCUGGUAUUAUGGAUAAAUUCGAUCCUGUUGGAGACCUUGAUCCCGAAUUUUGGAAUCGCGUCAUCGCUAUCAACCUUACAGCUCCAUUCCUGUUGAGCAAACUCGCUGUUCGAAAUAUGCUGGCGCAGCCGACGCCUGAUGGUCGGAUCAUCAAUAUUGUUUCUGUAGCUGGGCAGGCUGGAUGGGCAUCUGGUGCUGCUUACACUGCUAGCAAGCAUGGUCUUGUCGGAUUGACCAAGAACACUGCUUCUUUCUACGGUACCAAGGGUAUUCACUGCAACGCAUUGAUGAUGGGUGGUAUGCAUACCAAUAUCUUCGAGUCAAUGCAAACUGGGUUGAAUUCGGAAGGAUUUCAAAAGGCCAAUGCCGUUCGGGAAGCUCUGAAUCUUCCCCUAUGUGAGGUGGAUACUGCGGCUGACCUGUGCUUGAACUUGACUAUUGGCAAGGGAUUUGGUAUCGUCAACGGAGCUUGUAUUGCUGCUGACAAUGGCUGGUCCUCUUUUGUCGGUUAG